AUGCUGUGCUGGUUCAUCACCGUCCUCCUGUGUUUCGCCUUCCUGGGGCUGGGAAUGAGUGUCACUAUACUGGGACCCAUGUUUCAAGAUUUGGCAACAAAUGUGAAUCGCAAUAUCAGCAGUCUUUCUCUGAUUUUUGUGGGCCAUGCCUUUGGAUAUUUGGGUGGCUCUGUGAUUGGAGUUCUUUUUGACAGUAUGAAUCAUUUUCUUCUUUUGGGGGUGUCAAUGUUCGCUACCACAAUUGGUCUUUAUCUUGUUCCAUUUUGUAAGGCCGUGGUGUUAUUGAUUGUCAUGAUGUCCAUCUUUGGUGGUUCAGUUGGCAUUCUGGAUACAGGUGGUAACAUCCUAAUCUUGGCUAUUUGGGGGGACAAAGGAGCCCCCCAUAUGCAGGCCUUACACUUCAGUUUUGCCUUGGGUGCCUUUUUGGCUCCCCUGCUGGCUAAAUUGGCAUUGGGCAGGAUGGUGUCUGCUGAAAACCACACAGAGGCUGACUUUAACCAUUCUGCCUUCAACCAGUCAUCUGAAGCUGACUCAGAAUCUCUACUUCGAAUACCUGACGAUAUGAAUUUACUGUGGGCUUACGCUGUUAUCGGUGCUUAUAUUUUUGUAGUUUCUCUCUUUUUUUUCACUCUGUUUGUAAAGAAAAGCUCAAGGCAGGAAAAAGCAAAAGUAUCUACUCAGAGGUUUCGAAGAGCUAAAUAUCACAAUGCCCUUCUUUGUCUCCUUUUUCUGUUCUUCUUUUUUUAUGUUGGAGCCGAGGUAACAUAUGGCUCUUACGUUUUCUCCUUUGCAACCACCCAUGCUGGCAUGAAAGAAAGUGAAGCAGCUGGGUUGAACUCCAUCUUCUGGGGGACCUUUGAAGCCUGCAGGGGUAUGGCAAUCUUUUUUGCUACAUGUUUACAACCUGGAACCAUGAUUGUGUUGAGCAACAUUGGCAGCCUGGCUUCAUCUUUAUUUCUGGUGCUUUUCGACAAGAGCCGAGUUUGUCUCUGGAUAGCAGCUUCAGUGUAUGGUGCCUCAAUGGCAACCACAUUUCCCAGUGGUGUUUCUUGGAUUGAGCAGUACACAACCAUCCAUGGGAAAGCUGCAGCAUUUUUUGUAGUCGGUGCUGCCCUGGGAGAAAUGGCUAUUCCUGCAGUAAUUGGAAUUCUUCAAGGAAAAUACCCUGAUUUGCCUGUAGUUUUGUACACCUGUUUGGGGUCAUCAAUAGCCACUGCUGUUUUAUUUCCUGUGCUGUAUAAAUUAGCCACCUUGCCUAUCAGUCGUCAGCAUAAAGAACACAGUAAAAGCGAGGACCAGAAAGCUUUGCUCUCUAGCUCUGGGCUAAAUGACUAUGAGGAAGAGAAUGAAGAAGAAGAUGCAGAAAAAUGGGAUGAAAUGGACUUUGAAGUGAUCGAAAUGAAUGAUACAAUGAGGAAUUCUGUAAUAGAGACAUCUAGAUAUAUUUUGAUGGAGCCCACAGCUGACGUCUCCAACCAAUCCCACUCAAAUGCGUUAAUGUUUGAGUCCUCUCCAGUUAAUAUGGGCAAGUCCCCUGUGAAUCACUUGCAAGAAACCAGGACAAAAGGGACUAAGGGCUAGAGAAGAUGAAUUAUUUACUGACUUCCCUGAAUAAUCACCAGUUCUAAAGAGGCCAGUCAGAGCAAAGCAUAACAGAUUUUCAACAAGCUUUGGGGGUCAAAAUUUCUAGGUCCAAGUAUAGCAAAUGCAAAAAGGUUUUGAAAUGUUUUAUCAUUCCCAGAGCCUUUUGUAAAGAACCAA